AUGUCCACUAGUUUUAUAUCAUUCCCACCCAUACAACUAUCCAUCCAAGACUCUCAAAAACCCACAAGAACGAAAGAUUCAACAAUUGACCUCCUCGCCGAGCUCGAAAUCCUAGCUGUUACAAUUAACAACGAAGACAACGACAUCAUCCUCGAAACUGCCUCUACCAACCAGUACUACAAACACACAACCCAUCCCCUCACAAUCCUCCACCCUAGGGACAAGAACUCAACCUUCCUCGUCAAGCUCGAAGGACUUUUAAGCACCCCAUCUCAAGUCCUAAGGGCUAUCCAAGUCUCCCACAAUCCCCAUACUUAA